ACUAUCCUCUUAAAAAAGCGAUGAUUGAACUUCAAGAGGCAGAGGCAAUAAACCUAGAGAGUAAUAUCGAUCGUUAUUGCACGUCAACAUUAUUGCUGUCUCUUUGUCGAUUAGGAAUGGAGAGAGUCGUGGAUGCCUGGAAUAAUCAUAGUAUACCAAGUAAAGGAAUUCCAAAUGAACUAGCCAGUUGUAAUUGGGAUCCAAUCGUUGAUGAAAAUCGAUUCCCUCCGUCAGAAAUAGCUUCUGCAAUGUAUACGCAGGAAUUAGGAACAUCGUUGCACCAAUUCUGUUCCUUCGCUUCCUCACCAUUCCAAACCGAGGAAAAGGAAAAGGAAGUGGAAAUACAAUUUUCAAGGCUCAUCCCAGACAUGGGAUGUCUGCUAAACUCAGCAAUGAACAACCAAUACAGCCCAAUGCAAAAUGCUUUGUUAACUCUAAUCAAUAUAACAAAACAUAAUCUUUGAUGUGUUUUCAGAACAUACUAACGGGGUGGUUCGUGAUUGCAAAUCUUUUAGGGUUCUAAUUUGGAGUUAUAUGUAUAUAUCAACUGCGACAGGAAGAAAAAGACAAUUUAUGAAAAMUCCGUAAAAAAAUCCGUAAUAUCCUCUAUAUAAAUGUACAUAUUAACAAUAUAGAUAAAUAAACUUUCUGAAGUACGGAAUGGGUAUUAAUGGUUUAUUUCUUGAAGUGUUUCAUUUCGCAAGUUGAAGAAUUUGAUAAAUAAAAGAUUGCAUCGUCGUCUGUUGAUUUCAUUAUCAAACUCAUUCAUAAUUCAUAAUGUCAUUAGCCAAUGAUAUACUGAGAAUCUAAUCACGUGAACCUCAAAUUUGGGGGCGACUUUGAAUAUUUUCAGGGGAGUGCGGGGCUGAUUACCAUUCAACGUUUUCCUGAUACAGACCUAAUUAAUAAAACAUUAGUUCUGUAUCACUGAUAAAGAUCCGAGCUGAAGGAUCUUUAGCCGUUUUGUAUCGGGUGAUAAAGAUCGAGUAAAUCGCGAGGAAACGAAACGGCAAA